CAAUUAUGAAACGGACCCCAUCGCAAUUUAAUCAAUUUUUCCACUUUCUACUUUCUUCUCUCUCCCUCUCCCCUUAGACACACAACACAAACACUCUGAAAACAAGUCCAAUGAGCGAUUACCACAGAGCACCGCACGAAUCCUACCCUCCCCCAGGGUACGGAUCUCCUUACCCUCCGCCCCAACCGGGGUACCCAUCGGCGCCGCCCCAGGAAGGGUACCCUCCGCCGCCUCCGCCGGGGUAUGCGGGGUACCCUCCGCCGCCGCGUCCGCCGUAUGACUCGUACCAGGGCUAUUUCGAUAACGGGUACCCGCCGCCGCCUCCUCCGCCGCAUUACCACUACCAGCACGUGGAGCAUUUCCAUCACGAUGAGCAUGAGCCUGGUUGCUUUUCGUUCCUCCGAGGCUGCUUCGCAGCACUUUGCUGCUGUUGUGUGCUAGAGGAGUGUUGCUUCUGAUAAUAGCAUAAUAAACGAGUUGUUUCUUCGGUUUGGUGCACUUGGUUAUGGCUCUGUAGAAAAAUGUGGUUCCAAUUCUUGAUAAUAAGUGAGAGGUGGCAAGUCUUGGUGAUUCUUGUAACUCUUUGGUAUUUCCCUCUACCCGAAAUCCUGGUUUGUGCAUAGGUUCUGUCAUGUGGUCUAUGUGAAUGUUUUUGAACGACACUAUAUUGGAAAUUGUAAACCGUUUCUUAAAAAGUUAUAACAGACAAUGAUAUGGUUAAAAUUAUGUUAUAUAUUACAUUCUUCUAUUCAAAUCAA